UAGGCCUGCACCAAAUACUUAUGUCAGUAAGACGGGAACUCAUGUCCUCAAAAGCUGCUGAAAAGCGACUAUGCGGAACUAAAGUUUGCCGGUAUGUUUUGUACCCAAACAGACCGUUAGCCGAACGAAUACUGUUCCUGUUGACGGAGACAGAAGUCACGUGACGUUGGCUGACCUGGUGUCAAGUCUUCAUAAACAGGGGCUUACUCGUUACAGUGAACCCACUUCUCCAUCACAAUGGCUUCCUCGUGUGGGCUUCUUACGCUUAUUUGUCUCAUCCUUCUUGUCAUCACAGUAGUGUCUUCAGCGCUAGCCAAUGAGGUCGACUCGUUCCAGUUUCUUCAGAAGCCUGUAGCUGUGGAUGGCACGAAGGCUCAGAGCCGCCAGGACCCCCGAGGUCAAGUCGCCAAAGGUAGUACCACAGGUGCGAAAGGUUGCGUGCUGACGAAACAACAUGUGAAAUUAAUUGAAAACCUGUCGUCAGCCUCCGCGAUCUUCUCAUCGUCGCUGUAUUCACAGUUGAGGCAAAAUGUCAGUUCUGACAUCGUCUUCUCUCCCUUCAGCGUCCACGUGGCCCUGACCAUGACCUAUCUGGGUGCUCAGAAAGCCACCGCCAAGGAAAUGAUCAAAGUACUGGGGCUCUCCAAACUUCAGAAGAAGAAAGCCCACUUAGCCUACUCCGCGUUGCUAAAGACCAGUCAGCUCUCCACCUCUGUCGAGCUUAACUUGGCCAACGCCGUGUUCGUUAAACCCAAUCUACCAGUUGAGAAAACCUUUCGUCAGGGUCUGGUGCAGAUGUACCGAGCUAAGUUCGGCCACUUUAACCUCAGCGCCGUUGGUGGUCCAGAGACACCCAUCAACACCUGGGUAGGCAACGUGACCAAAGGCAAAAUACCAGAUUUUCUUGCGCCGGACACCAUCGACAAUAAAACAGCCAUGAUGAUCGUCAAUGCUCUCUAUUUUAAAGGUUCUUGGCUGAACACCUUCAACCUCGCGGACACAGCAAAGAAGCCAUUUUACCUGGACGAUGGCACGACCGUUACUGUUCCCAUGAUGAAGAAGGAGGACAAUUUCAAGUGCAAAAGAUCCAAGAAUCUGAAAGCUGACAUUGUGGAGCUGCCUUACAAAGACCAGCGAUAUUCCAUCUUCAUUGUGUUGCCGGUCAGCCCUGGAACUCUCAGUCAAGUGGAGCAGUCUCUGAAGAUGGAGGAAUUCACCUCUGAACUCAGCUCCAUGGUCAAUGCCAAACUGGAAUUGUUUUUGCCCAGAUUUAAGUCGAAGAGCCGCUUCAGUUUGAUUGAACCUUUACGGAAGUUGGGCAUGCGCACCUCCUUCACCUGCAAAGAAGCCAACUUCCGUGGCAUCAGCUCAGAGAAAGACUUGUACAUCUCCGACGUCAUUCACGAGGCUGUGGUGGAGGUCAACGAGGAGGGGACAGAAGCAUCUGCAGCGACUGCAGUUAAGAUUUCUUCGAGGUCUUUCCCAAUCCGCUUCCGGGCAGACCACCCUUUCCUGUACAUCAUCCGAGACAAUACUUACAAGAUGGUUUUGUUCAUGGGGCGCUAUACAGGGGUUGCUUAAUUAAACUAUUAUUGUACAGUUGUCUCUGCUACCUGGAGUGUCGUCCAUUCAUACAAAUCUGGGUUGUCAAAAUGUUUAGAAAUACAUGUCACAUUUUGUCACAGAUUUUAAAAUGGUAAGAAUUAU